AUGGAGAUCAUCCCGCUCAACCAACACACCAGCGACCCCAACAACCGUUGCGACAUGUGCGCGGACAACCGCAACGGCGAGUGUCCCAUGCACGGGCCGCUGCACUCGCUGCGCCGGCUCGUGGGCACCAGCAGCGCCGCGGCCGCCGCGCCCCCGCCGGAGCUGCCCGAGUGGCUUCGGGACCUGCCGCGGGAGGUGUGCUUGUGCACCAGCACCGUGCCGGGCCUGGCCUACGGCAUCUGCGCCGCGCAGAGGAUCCAGCAGGGCACCUGGAUCGGGCCCUUCCAGGGCGUCCUCCUGCCGCCGGAGAAGGUGCAGGCCGGCACCGUGAGGAACACGCAGCAUCUCUGGGAGAUAUAUGACCAAGAUGGAACACUACAGCACUUUAUUGAUGGUGGGGAACCUAGUAAGUCGAGCUGGAUGAGGUAUAUCCGAUGUGCAAGGCACUGCGGAGAACAGAAUCUAACAGUAGUUCAGUACAGGUCGAAUAUAUUCUACCGGGCCUGUAUAGAUAUUCCCAGGGGCACCGAGCUUCUGGUGUGGUACAAUGACAGCUAUACGUCUUUCUUUGGGAUCCCCUUACAAUGCAUUGCCCAGGAUGAAAACUUAAACGUCCCCUCCACGGUCAUGGAAGCCAUGUGCAGACAAGACGCCCUGCAGCCUUUCAACAAGAGCAGCAAGCUGCCGCCAGCCGCCCAGCAGCGCUCCGUGGUUUUCCCCCAGACUCCGUGCGGCAGGAACUUCUCCCUCCUGGAUAAGUCUGGGCCCAUGGAGUCAGGAUUUAACCAAAUCAGCGUGAAAAACCAGCGCGUCCUUGCGAGCCCCACCUCCACGAGCCAGCUCCACUCGGAGUUCAGUGACUGGCAUCUUUGGAAAUGCGGCCAGUGCUUUAAGACUUUCACGCAGCGGAUCCUCCUCCAGAUGCACGUGUGCACGCAGAACCCCGACAGACCUUACCAGUGCGGUCACUGCUCACAGUCCUUCUCACAACCGUCCGAGCUGAGGAACCACGUGGUCACUCACUCCAGUGACCGGCCCUUCAAGUGCGGCUACUGUGGUCGUGCCUUUGCUGGGGCCACCACACUCAACAACCACAUCCGAACCCACACUGGAGAGAAGCCCUUCAAGUGCGAGAGGUGUGAACGGAGCUUCACGCAGGCCACGCAGCUGAGCCGGCACCAGCGGAUGCCCAAUGAGUGCAAGCCAAUAACUGAGAGCCCAGAAUCAAUUGAAGUGGAUUAACUGAUUGACUGGUUGGAAUUAAACUGCAAGCAAAGUCAUGAUUAAAUGUCAUGGACACUUAAGCAAAACCAAAGAUUUCCUCUGAGCAACUUUCAAUCAGUCCCGGAAAACCAAAAGCAGUAAUAAAAUAAGUAAGAUGUUAAAGAGAUAUUGAUCCUGGCGUGGCAGUCAGACCAGGAAAGCGGUUAUUUAUUUAUGACUAGGGCUGAGACUGGUUUCAGUGGACCACAGCCUGGGAUGCGUCACGUUGCCGGUCCCACCGUGUAUUUGCUUUGUUUCUAAAAAGCUUUUUUAAACUGUAAUUUAAUACCAAAGGGAGGAAUCGUGUGGGUUUUUCGGCUCACACUCGUGACUACGAAUGCACAGGUACUGCUUUCUCGUUGCACCUUUUUUUUUAGUAGCAUGAUUCAAGGGGACCCACAUUGUACAGCCCUCUCCCUUGCCGUUUGGGUUUGCGUGGCCCAGUUCGGCCACCCCAGCAGGACCGCACAGCCGGAAGCCAGAGCGUCCGCUAAGUCAGUGCCACCGUCUGUUGUCCACGCGGGUGGUUCGUUUCUGUGUUGUCCACGCUUCUUUCCAAGCCCCUUUUUACACCACUCCUUCGGUCCACCUACUCCCUGACCUGGCAGCCUGGCCUUGAUGCAGAGGAGCCUUGAAGAGGAAGAAAAUGGUUCAGUUUUAGAAUUCAAGGGGAAUAAAAAAAGCGGGGAACUUACGUUGUCCUGUCAAGAUCUGAGAAACAUUUAAUAUGUACAGAGCUUCAUAAUACAAUAUAUUGUUCCGAAGCAGCUAGUGGAGAAGAUUUUGUUUUCAAUAAUGUUUUAGCCUAAAGAAAACAAAAACAAAAAAUAAAGUUCUUCGGUCCGAAGCCAAAAUAUAAGGUCUUACGCUCCCAGGAAUUUUUUUUGGUGUGUCUAUGAAAGUGUUGAAUAUGUGAGCAG